GAUGUUACAUGUCCAAAACGCGGUGAUCAGCUGUUAUCUAAGACACUUUCCAUCUCUCUGUAAAUCAUUGUUUACCAUUUUCCUCUCUCCUCCUAAAUUUGGUCUUCCAUUUUCUCUCUCUUUCUUUCGCCAUUGUCAACCAGUACGCUAUUCCGCUGCAUUUCAGGUGGGUUUGAAUCGAUUGACCAUUUUGAUUUUGGGGUAAAUUUUAGCGAUUCCGAUACUCAAUUAAUUUCAUAAAUGGGAGAGCAUUUGGUGUUGUAUGUGGACCGUUUGGUGAAUCCUACGAGUGCGCAAGAGGCCGAGGGAGCGGUGGCAGCUUCGUCGUCGUCGAAUUCGGGGUUGAAGGAGAAAUUAGAGGAUAGAGUAGAAGGAAUUGAAGAUGAAAGAGAAGGAGCAGGAGAAGAUGAACCCCUUAUUCAGCUCGCUGAAUGUCGAAUUUGCCAGGAAGAAGAUUGUGUUGAUAGUUUGGAAGUCCCCUGUCGUUGUUGUGGCAGCUUGAAGUAUGCACAUAGAAAAUGUGUUCAGCGCUGGUGCAAUGAGAAAGGAGACAUAACGUGUGAGAUCUGCCACCAGCCUUACCAACCUAAUUACACUGCUCCUCCACCACCACCCCAUCCUGAAGAUGCUGCAAUUGAUAUCGGUGGAGGCUGGACAAUAUCUGGUACUCCUUUGGACUUGCAUGAUCCUCGUCUUCUGGCAAUUGCCGAGGCAGAACGACAGUUUUUGGAAGCUGAGUAUGAUGACUAUGCUGCUACUAGUGCUAGUGGAGCUGCAUUUUGCCGUUCAGCUGCUCUCAUUCUGAUGGCCCUUCUGCUGCUAAGGCAUGCUUGGAGUGCACCAGAUGCUGAUGGUGAAGACGACAUGUCGGCAUUUUUCUCGCUUUUCUUGCUCAGGGCUGCUGGAUUUCUGUUGCCUUGUUACAUUAUGGCAUGGGCCAUCAGUAUCUUGCAACGCAGAAGACAACAACAGGAAGCUGCGGCGUUGGCGGCAACUCAGGUUGCCUUUGUGCUUCAAUCGGGGCAACAUAGGGGUUUGCAAUUUAUGAUAGCUCCGCGUUCUCCCUCUGUUGUGGGCCAAGAAGCAGUUUAGUGCUCUUUUAAUAGCAGUACCUGCAUCCUUGAGAAGAAAAUGGUGAUUAACAUCGCCCCUUUCCAAGUCGAUCUAUUUUGUUUUUAAAUUGCUUUUAACCCUAAAUUCCACCAUUGUUUUUAAUUAUCUGUUAGCCUAAAAGUCCAGGAGCCAGUUAUUCUUUGUAAGAGUUAAUAUUCAACCGGCUUGAUGCUGUAUAUAAAGGUCUUAUCUUGAGUUGGUAAAGGAAAAUUAUGGGUAUUUCCCAAACCUGA